CUAAAAUCUACCUACCCGAUUCCAACUUUCUAACCCUCUCCCUCGUCUCUCGUCCCUCUCUCCUUGCAGCUGAAGUUUGAAGAACGAAUUUGGACCGAAGCUCGGCGACGGCAAUACCAGACCUGACCACGUUGACGUAACUUUUCCUCAGUUUUCGUUCUGGCAAAGAUAACUUAAAAGGAUGACCUCUUUAAGUGGGAGUGAUCAUUUCAUGGAAAUUUGCUCAAGAGUAAGGCUAAUUAACAGAUGAAAUGAAGACAUGAAAUCCUAUAGGCACAUUAUCUCAACAUGUGAGAUAUCAAGUUCUUAUGGUUUUUGUAUGUCUAAUAAUGCUGCAAUGGUCUUUUGGUAUGGUGAGAGAUGGUUUGAAAGCUGAAUUUUAAGUUUGCAAUGACAAAGGAUCUGUCUUACCAUGCGAAUGGAUGCAGUGGAAUGAAUUCAAAGUUUUGGUGCUCAAUGAGUUGAUAGCUUGCAGGGAGAGAGCUGAGGGAAGCAUCCCUUGCUAAUAGGAUUUUCUCCAUAUAUAGUCAUCUCAACAUGGAAGAACAGUUCAUUCUUCGAGUUCCACCUUCAGUUUCUGAGCGGAUUGACCGCCUUUUGAGUGAGAAUGCAUCUUCUUCUGAAGACAAGUCAUUGGAUUUGUCCUUCUCUGAGGAUGGAAGGAAUGGAACUUUUGUAAUUGGUAACGACCAUUUUCCUGCUGCUCUCUUGGAUCUUCCUUGCAUUGUGGAGUCAUACAAAACUUACGAUGAUAAUGUUCUCAUCAAAACUGCAGACAUUGGCCAGAUAAUUAUGGUAAGAGAAGAGGGUGAUCCUGCCCCAGAUGGAGUGGAGUAUAGACAUGGGCUUACACCUCCAAUGAGAGAUGCUCGAAGGCGAAGGUUUCGUAGGGAACCUGAUCUAAAUCCUGAGCUUGUGCAGCGGGUCGAGAAAGAUCUGGUGAACAUUAUGGCUGGUGGAACAGCAGAAAAUGUUGAUGUUGAAGUGGAAGAUGGCGAUGAGAAUGCACCAAAAGCACCUGAAAAAGCUGCACCUGAACCUGCAACAAAACCAGAUGUUCCAGAGACUGGUACAGCUGGUGGCGAGCCGGAAAGAAGUGAUUCUGAUGACUCCGAUGAUUCAAUGUGAUGCAGAAAACUACAUUUUGUACUUGGCAUAUAUCAGCAAUGGUGUACAAAGGCAAUAAUUGGGUUCACCUCACGACUUGAUCAAGUCAAAUGGCUCCACGCAUGAAAGUAAUAUUAUCAUUAAUCAAUGACUGUUAUGAUAUCUAUCCUCUGAUCGCUGGUUGAGGUCUGGCUGCAGGGUCAUCUGAUGGACUUAACAAUCGAACUGCAAGGUAUUUUGCACAUUAUAGCAGGAACCAAGAAAUUGGUUUGCCUUUGUAUCAUCUAUUGUAAUUAGCCAUUUUGGUGUAUAAGAGUUCUCCUUGGCAGGGGAAUAGUUGUACCUUUUGUAUGCACUUUAAAUAGGUUAUUUUUCUGAUAAAUCAAAUAUUGCGUGUCAAUUGUCAUUAGCA